ACCAGCAACUGGUUUUUUAAGGCGCUACUCUGGCGCUUCAGGCUCAGCAAAUGAUCGGCACCGAGGAUAUGUCCGCAUCGACUGGCAUGGACAUCAGUGAGUCCUUUCGUGCCGAGGAUCUCUCGAAGGCGGACUUCUUUGAUUUUGUUACCGGCCCGGAUAUGGGCAUUGGCAUAGGAGUGGGCGUGGGUGUUGGAGUUGAAGCCCUGGGCGUCACACUUCACCAGCAGCAUCAACAGCAACAGCAGCACCAGCACCACCAGAGCCAUCAGAACCAUCAGAACCACCAGCAGGCGCCACACAGUCACAACAGCCACAACAGCAAUCAUGUUCAGGUGGUGCAUCAGUCAGGCAAUCCGCAGUCCCAGCAGCAGAGCCUCUGCGGCGGCGGUGGUGCGAGAACCACCAGCAGCAUGAUCCACGACGGAGGAGGGGGACCUGGCGCCGGAGCAAAUGGUGGCGGCGUCGUGGUGCCCGUGGGCAACCGCAACGGCAGCAGCAACAACGGAGAUCCCACGUUACAGGGCUACGAGUUUUGGCACCAGGACAAGGACAGCAACCGCCUCGACUCUAGCUCAAUUUUCGAGGACCUCGAUCGCUACUGCUGGCAGCAGCAACCUGUCACUGCCAGUGCCAGUAAUGGUGGCUCCAACACCACCAACCAACCCAGUCCCACCUCGCCGCAGUCCCACCUCCAGCAACAACAGCAGCAGCAGCAGCAACACCCGCAGUUGCAUCAACAACAGCAGCAGCAACAGCAGCAACCGAAUGCAAACAGCUCCUCGGGAGCCUCAAGCGGUGCGGGCAGCAGCAGCGAUACCAUUAGCAGCCUGGACACCACCGAUGGACAGAUCUACACCCUGACAGUAUUAAACGGCGGCGAGCCCUGGCUAAAGCGCUCCGAGGCGGAGCAACUGCCCAGCUCGUUGGACCUGGACAGUCUGCUGAGCAGCUUUCCGGGCUACAUCAAAUCGGAAUAUCCCUACGACGACAGCGGCUUCAGCACGGAUGGCAAGGAUGUGAUUGGGAGUGGAGCUGAUGGCAGUGGCCUAAACCAGAGCCAGAACCAGGGACAACAGACGCCUCAGGCUCUGCCAUCGUUGGUCACAGCCAUCUCGCUGGCAGGUGGCAAUGAUCUGGGCCAGCAAUUGGCCCAGUUCCAAAACAAUAACAACGACUGGCACAUGGCGGAUCACAAUACGGACACGGAGCAGAGUACGGCGGAAUCCCUGCUGCGAAGUGCGCUUCAGGGCAAAGGAUACGCCAAAGGACUGCAUAUGCAAAAUGGUCUGACAAUGCCCGUUGUAAAGGACGAGGACAUGCGUCGCCUGCUCUUUGCCGACGAGGCUGCUGCCCUCGGUUUCGCAGACUCCACCCUGAGUGCCGCCCAAAUCUUUGACGAGGCCCAGGGCAUCCAUCUCAGCUCCCAGCAGCAUCAACAAAACCAGCAGCAGCAGCAGCAUAAUGGCAGUGCCAACAUUUUGGUGGACGACAUGUUCCUAUCUCUGGAGAACGCCUUCAGCGAUGAUUUCGAGAAGAUCAAGCGCAUUGCCAAUGAGGUGCAACAGUUCUGCAGCACACCCACUCCGGGGGAUUACGGUCCCUCCGCUGGCGACGUUCUGAUGCAGAUCUCCCCCAGUCCGGCGAGCAAUGUGACGGGUCAGCUGCAGCCACCGCAGCCCCUGAAGCCAGAGGUCAGCACCUCCACUUCGCCCUCCUCGUCGGUGGGUGUGUCCAAGUCCAGCAGCAGCGGCGGAGGAGUAAGCAAGCCCAAGAAGCAGUACAAGCGAAGCAGCAGCGGCAACAACAACAAUCCCAGUGUGGCCAAUAAUAAUAGCAGUGCGAACAGCUCUAAUCCCUUGGGACCGGUUAUAGGUGCCACUGGCAGCAACGGCAGCUCCUCCUCCAGCGGCAGUGCCAGCAGCAGCAGCAACAGUCCGCCGGCCAACUCGGGAGGCAGUUCAUCCUCUUCCUCCGGCGGCAGUGGGCAGCGCAAAGAGCGCUCCCUUCACUAUUGCUCCAUCUGCUCGAAGGGAUUCAAGGACAAGUAUUCGGUGAAUGUGCACAUAAGGACGCAUACCGGCGAGAAACCCUUCGCUUGCUCCCUGUGUGGCAAGAGCUUCCGGCAGAAGGCCCAUCUGGCCAAGCACUAUCAGACGCACAUGACCCAGAAGAAUAAUGGAAACCUGAUCAAAGGGAGUUCCGGAAAACACCAGCGUUCCAGUGGUUCCUCCUCCUCCUCGGCGGCAGCAGCACAAGCAGCAGCUGCAGCGGCGGCGGCUGCAGCAGCGGCAGCUGCUCUCAAUCCGCGACAAUUGGGCGGCGGUGGAGUGGUGCAACCUUCGUUGCCCGUAAUGAUCAGUAAUCCCAACACACCGCCCGGAGUAUUGCCACCGGCCAACGGAUUGCUCAGCAAUCGGUAG